CUGGCGGCGGGAGCUGAGCGGCGCCUAGCUGCCCCCAUCCAUGGCACGGAGCUGCGGCAGCGGCGGCGGCAGCAACAGGAGCCCGGCACGAUCCGCUAGGUCUCAGCCGCGCGCAGGGCGAGCCGGCCACGCGCAGGGACCAAGCUUCCGUCGGCUCGGAGCGCUGCGCUGAGACUCCGGCCGCGCCGCCGGGGGCCACCCGCGCUGCGCUGUCAGCGGCGCCCGCGUCCCUCCCGGCCCGGGUGCUCGCAAGCCAUGCCCCCGGAGCGCAGCAGCGGGGACCCCGAGGCUUGCCUCCGCCCAUGGCCCCCCGCCCCGCCCUCGGGCGCCCGGGACUCCCGCUGAGCACUCCUCCCGCACGCCCGGGUCCCUCCGGCCGGCGAGCCGUCCGGCCCCUGCGCUGUAGGUCCCCGCGGGGCGAUGGGUUGAUGGGCGCGGGGGGACGCAGGAUGCCGGUGCCUCCCGCGCGUUUGCUGCUGCUGCCGCUGCUGCCUUGUCUUCUGCUCCUGGCUCCUGGAACUCGGGGUGCGCCUGGCUGCCCGGUCCCUAUCCGCGGUUGCAAGUGCUCUGGGGAGCGGCCCAAGGGACUAAGUGGCGGCGCCCACAACCCGGCUCGAAGGAGGGUGGUGUGCGGCGGUGGGGAUCUCCCCGAACCUCCAGAUCCCGGCCUUCUGCCAAACGGCACCAUCACCUUGCUCUUGAGCAACAACAAGAUUACUGGGCUCCGCAAUGGAUCCUUCUUGGGACUGUCCCUGUUGGAGAAGUUGGACCUGAGGAGCAAUGUCAUCAGCACUGUGCAGCCUGGAGCCUUCCUAGGUCUGGGAGAGCUAAAACGCUUAGAUCUCUCCAACAAUCGGAUUGGCUGUCUCACCUCUGAGACAUUUCAAGGGCUCCCUAGACUUCUCAGACUAAACAUAUCUGGAAACAUCUACUCUAGUCUGCAACCUGGGGUCUUUGAUGAGCUGCCAGCCCUUAAGAUUGUGGACUUUGGUACUGAGUUUCUGACCUGUGACUGCCGCCUGCGCUGGCUGCUGCCCUGGGCCCGGAAUCACUCCCUGCAGCUGUCUGAGCGCACACUCUGUGCCUACCCCAGUGCCCUGCACGCCCAUGCCCUGAGCAGCCUCCAGGAGUCCCAGCUUCGCUGUGAAGGGGCCCUGGAACUGCACACCCACUACCUCAUCCCAUCCCUUCGCCAAGUGGUGUUCCAGGGUGACCGCCUGCCCUUCCAGUGCUCAGCCAGCUACUUGGGCAACGAUACCCGGAUCCACUGGUACCACAAUGGGGCUCCUAUGGAGAGCGAUGAGCAGGCCGGCAUCGUCCUUGCUGAAAACCUUAUCCAUGAUUGCACCUUCAUCACCAGUGAGCUGACCCUGUCUCACAUUGGUGUGUGGGCCUCUGGUGAAUGGGAGUGCUCCGUGUCCACAGUCCAAGGCAACACCAGCAAGAAGGUGGAGAUAGUAGUGCUGGAGACCUCUGCCUCCUACUGCCCUGCAGAGCGGGUGACCAACAACCGUGGGGACUUCAGGUGGCCCCGAACCUUGGCUGGCAUCACGGCUUACCAGUCCUGUUUACAGUACCCCUUCACCUCUGUGCCCUUGAGUGGGGGAGCCCCGGGUACCCGAGCCUCACGCAGGUGUGACCGAGCUGGCCGCUGGGAGCCAGGGGACUACUCGCACUGUCUGUACACCAAUGACAUCACUCGGGUGCUCUACACCUUUGUGCUGAUGCCCAUCAACGCCUCCAAUGCAUUGACGUUGGCCCACCAGCUGCGAGUGUAUACCGCAGAGGCCGCCAGCUUCUCAGACAUGAUGGACGUGGUCUAUGUGGCUCAGAUGAUCCAGAAGUUUUUGGGUUACGUUGACCAGAUCAAGGAGCUGGUGGAGGUGAUGGUGGACAUGGCCAGCAACCUGAUGCUGGUGGAUGAGCACCUUCUGUGGCUGGCCCAGAGAGAAGACAAAGCCUGCAGUGGCAUUGUGGGUGCCCUGGAGCGAAUCGGAGGAGCUGCUCUUAGCCCCCAUGCCCAGCACAUCUCUGUGAAUUCAAGAAAUGUGGCACUGGAGGCCUACCUCAUCAAGCCUCACAGCUACGUGGGUCUGACUUGCACGGCUUUCCAGAGGAGGGAGGUAGGAGUGUCGGGUGCACAGCCAAGCAGCGUCGGCCAGGAUGCCCCAGUGGAGCCCGAACCCCUAGCUGAUCAGCAGCUUAGGUUCCGCUGCACCACUGGGAGGCCCAACAUUUCUCUGUCAUCCUUCCACAUCAAGAAUAGCGUGGCCCUGGCCUCCAUCCAGCUGCCCCCCAGCCUGUUCUCAACCCUUCCGGCUGCCCUGGCUCCCCCAGUCCCUCCAGAUUGCACCCUGCAACUGCUGGUCUUCAGAAAUGGCCGUCUUUUCCGCAGCCACGGCAACAACACUUCCCGUCCUGGAGCAGCUGGGCCUGGCAAGAGGCGUGGUGUGGCCACCCCAGUCAUAUUUGCAGGAACCAGUGGCUGUGGUGUGGGAAACUUGACGGAGCCCGUGGCUGUGUCACUGAGGCACUGGGCUGAAGGAGCUGACCCCAUGGCAGCUUGGUGGAACCAGGACGGGCCUGGAGGCUGGAGUUCUGAAGGCUGCAGGCUCCGCUACAGCCAGCCCAACGUCAGCUCCCUGUACUGCCAGCACUUGGGCAAUGUGGCCGUGCUUAUGGAGCUGAAUGCAUUCCCGCGGGAGGCAGGAGGCUCUGGGGCUGGGUUGCAUCCCGUCGUGUACCCCUGCACGGCUUUGCUGCUACUCUGUCUCUUCUCCACCAUCAUCACGUACAUCCUCAACCACAGCUCCAUCCACGUGUCCCGGAAGGGUUGGCACAUGCUGCUGAACCUUUGUUUCCAUAUGGCCAUGACCUCUGCUGUCUUCGUGGGGGGCGUCACGCUCACCAACUACCAAAUGGUUUGUCAAGCGGUGGGCAUCACUCUGCACUACUCUUCCUUGUCGUCACUGCUCUGGAUGGGGGUCAAGGCUCGAGUCCUCCACAAGGAGCUUAGUUGGAGGGCACCCCCUCUGGAAGAAGGGGAAGCAGCUCCGCCUGGUCCUCGCCCCAUGCUCCGUUGUUGGCUGGUGUGGCGUCCAAGCCUUGGUGCCUUCUACAUACCGGUGGCGUUGAUUCUGCCUAUCACCUGGAUCUACUUCUUGUGUGCAGGCCUUCACUUACGGAGCCAUGUGGCCCAGAAUCCAAAGCAGGGUAACAGGAUCUCUCUGGAGCCAGGGGAAGAGCUGAGGGGUUCCACCAGGCUCAGGAGUAGUGGCGUCCUCCUGAAUGACUCUGGUUCUCUUUUGGCUACAGUUAGCGCAGGAGUAGGGACACCUGCGCCCCCAGAGGAUGGUGAUGGCGUAUAUUCUCCUGGAGUCCAGCUGGGGGCGCUGAUGACCACGCAUUUCCUGUACCUGGCUAUGUGGGCUUGUGGUGCCUUGGCGGUGUCUCAGCGCUGGCUGCCCCGAGUGGUGUGUAGCUGUCUGUACGGCGUGGCAGCUUCAGCUCUUGGUCUGUUUGUCUUCACUCACCACUGUGCCAGACGUAGAGAUGUCCGGGCUUCCUGGCGCGCCUGCUGCCCUCCUGCUUCGCCCUCGGCCUCCCAUGUCCCAGCCCGGGCCCUGCCGACUGCUACAGAGGAUGGAUCCCCAGUGUUGGGGGAGGGACCAGCCUCUCUCAAGUCCUCCCCAAGUGGCAGCAGUGGCCGCGCGCCGCCACCCCCCUGCAAACUCACCAAUCUGCAGGUGGCCCAGAGUCAGGUGUGCGAGGCAAGCGUGGCCGCCCGCGGAGAUGGAGAGCCAGAGCCCACCGGCUCCCGUGGCAGCCUAGCUCCCCGGCACCAUAACAACCUGCAUCAUGGGCGCCGAGUACACAAGAGUCGGGCCAAGGGGCACCGAGCCGGAGAGACUGGUGGUAAGAGCCGGCUCAAGGCGUUGCGCGCGGGCACGUCCCCAGGAGCUCCCGAGCUGUUGUCCAGUGAGAGCGGCAGUUUGCACAACAGCCCGUCUGACAGCUACCCGGGCAGCAGCCGCAACAGUCCAGGCGACGGUCUUCCACUCGAGGGUGAGCCCAUGCUUACGCCGUCGGAGGGCAGUGACACAAGCGCCGCGCCAAUCGCUGAGACGGGGCGCCCCGGGCAGCGCCGCAGCGCCAGCCGUGACAACCUCAAGGGCAGCGGCAGCGCGCUGGAGAGGGAGAGCAAGCGCCGCUCCUAUCCGCUCAACACUACCAGUCUUAACGGUGCCCCCAAAGGGGGCAAGUAUGAGGAUGCCAGUGUAACUGGUGCAGAGGCCAUAGCGGGAGGCUCCAUGAAGACUGGCCUCUGGAAAAGCGAGACCACCGUCUAGGUCCAGAUUUAGGAUGGGCGGGUCACGCGGGCUUGUUUACUCCCAAAUCCUCUUGGGCGGUCCAAGCCGUCUACUGAUGUGUAUGUAGGUUUAAGGCGGCCAUGCUGAUGCUGCCCUUGAGUCCACCAUCAUUAGUUACCCAGGCUAGGGAAAGGGGAGGGAGGCAGAUGCUUGCCCCUACUGUGGACUAUCCCUCAGCAGUAGCGACAGACAAUCCCAGACCAGUUUUGGUGGCCAAGUUCUUGGUAUCCUGCCAGGUAGGCAUAAAACAUCCAUCGGUCCCUAGGGUAACCCAUAAACUGAGUUGAAGAGCCCAGCCCAGGUAGGCUCAGGAAAUGAGAGGGAGACCGGGGAACUGGGUUCUCCACACCAGCCCGGCAAGGUAUCCUGUGACUGCCAAGAUCCCAGGCCUCUCUCCCAGUUUUGGCUUGGGAAACCAUCCCAGCAGGUGAGCCAGGGGGCGUAACAGGUGCUGCCUUUCAGAUUAACUAUGCAAGGGGGAUGGGGGUGGGAGGGGUAGGGCAGUGUGGUGGGCAGCUCUAGAGAUGAGCUUGUCCCUCAGGAGGCAGGCAGGUGGGAAAAGGUGCAUUAGGGAGACAGAAUCCCUAACUAUGGGAGUGGUACACAGUUUUUCCAGCAGAGUUCACAGCAAACCCUGAACCCCCACACACCUGGGAAGUGAUACUGCCAGCAGGUGCCUUAAGACUCAAGGGGAGGGAGCUGAUAUGUGGAUCUCACAACCUAUACAGUGGUCUGCAAGUGGCUCCACUUAGCUGCUUAAUUAUAAUACCCACUGUCUGUUCCCAGCCCUCCAACUCCGGGGGACUGAGGGGAAAUGCCUCCAUGAGGCUCCUGUGGCAAAGCCAUGCUAAUAAUCUGACUUCUAACCUCAGUUAGAAACCCAAAAUGCCAAACCACCUCCUAACUCGCUGAAACCCAACCACACUCUGAGGCAGCGCCUGGGUCCAGGCUGCUCAAGAGCCUAUGCUUCCAGCCCCCAUUUUCCUCAACUCAAGAUGCCUUUUAAUACAGAACUACAUGGAAGUAGAGGAACCCUUGGGCACUGGGAAGUAGCAGGGAUCCCAGCUCUGAUCAAGUGAGAGGACAGAGCAGGGAAGACGCCAUACUCGCUGAGAUGGGUCCCAUUAUUUAUGCUUUGCUGCACAGACACUAUUAGAGGAAAAGCUUUGUAUUACUCUCCCACGUGAGCUGCUGCUGUUUACCCUGCCAAUGCCUUAGCACUGGAGAGCUUUUUGCAAUAUGCUGGGGAAAGGGGAGGGAGGGGAUGAAGUGCCAAAGAAAACACAUUUUAAAAGCUCUGGUUUUAUACAAUAGAAUGUUUUCCAGCAGAUGCCUCUUUGUUUUAAUAUAUUAAAAUCUUGCAAAACUC